GCAAUUCGCAUCACAUGGAAGACAGAUGAUCUUUAAAGCAUCUUGGCUACUACAAUGCUUUUAAAUGAUUUGUCACAUGAUCUGUACAACCUAGCAAGAAAAUAAAUGAAAACAUAGGGCUAGGGCUUCGGCAGCAGGGCAGUGGCAGAAGGUAGUGGUAAGCAUGGCCUAUAUUUAUGAUCAGACGCCCUUGACCAUGGAAAACCCAGCAAGAGUUCUUCUUCGAGGUUCUUAGAAUGUGUCAAGGUUGAUGAUGAAGACCAGGUACGUUACAGCUAAGUUUUAUGUGCAAAAUACGUGUGCACAUGUAACCUCUCAAACCUCUACAAUCAAUCACAUCAAACCAUAACACUAAUUACCAAGAUUAUUUAUACAAAAAGUUUAUAGUCGUAGAAGGCCCCGCGAAUUCCCCACGCUUUAGCCCAUUGAUUCACCUAUCCUUAUAAAGUAAGGUCUCAUCAAACUUAUAAACAAAAAUCUCUUGUGUAUUCUCUUAUGUGUCAAAAACCCAUAUGCUAUUUUUCUAUAUAGGGACAUCCCUUUCAUUAUAAAUGGCAAAUACUAAUUCAAAUGUGCCUCAAGCUGACCAGUCACCACCACCUCAACCUUCAAACCCAUCCAUACAAGUCCCUGACCCUCCAUCCUCUAUUCUGCUCCCAAUCCUCCAAGAUGAUCAAUAUGCACCUCAUUCCACCUCCUCGAACAAGUCUCCAAGAUUAAUUCCUUCUCCAGCUGGAUCUCUGGGUCAACCAUUAACGGUGAGACAGGAUGAAUAUUCACCAAGGUUCGGGUUUCCAGGCCAACCUGUGAGUGGAAGGCAGGAUGACCAAUCACCAAGGUCCAACCGAUCCUCAGGUGGGUCAUCGACUCAGCCCACAAGCGGAAGACACCCGAGUUAUAAGGGAAUUAGGUUACGGAGCGGGAAAUGGGUAUCUGAGAUCCGGGAACCACGUAAAACUACGCGUGUAUGGCUUGGUACGUAUCCAACUCCUGAAAUGGCAGCCGCCGCUUAUGAUGCGGCGGCUCUAGCCCUUAAAGGCCCUGAUGCACCACUAAAUUUCCCGGAAUCGAUUCUUUCCUACCCAAUACCAGCCUCAGCAUCCUCUAGUGAUAUAAGGGCUGCAGCUGCUAGUGCAGCAUCAACCAGGUCGCCGAGACCUGAAGCUGGGCCAAAUCCUGAAAGGGACCGGCUUGAAACAGAAGGCACAUCAUCCAGUACUACCACUGCUGACAUUCAAUCAGGACAGGAAUUCAUCGACGAGGAAGAACUUUUGAACCUGCCCAGUUUGCUAGUUGACAUGGCAGGAGGAAUGCUUGUAAGUCCACCAAGAAUAAACACGCCAUCUUCUGAUGAUUCACCAGGGAAUUCCGAUGCAGAAAACCUAUGGUCCUACCACUAAAACCCAGUCAGCCAGCUACAUAUCCAGCCUCGUUUCUCCAUGGAAAUUUUUCAUGGUACUAGCUGCCUGCUUCUCGGUUUUGGUAAAAAAGAAGAGGUUGAGGUCACUCGGUGGACCAAUGGAUGGCUCUUAUUCAAGAUUUUAGCGUUGAAGUGGUUUAUAGGUAAAGGUUAAAGAAGUAGGUGGAUUAACUUUGCAGCUACAGUGGUUAGCUUUAAAGUUGUCAGCCAGAGCCAGAGCCAGAGCACGUCUCUCUCUUUCCAUAUAAAUGUUUUGUCUUGAUAAGACUUCUGAGAGAGAUCUUUUCCCUUGUAGUUUGAUAACUGUCCCUCUCAUGUAUUUGAUAUUUUAUGGAACGAACAGCCUCUCCUUCCAAGUUUUUA